CCUUAGCUUUUUUUUCACCAAAUAAAUCAAUAUUCGACUUUCCUCCAUUCAUUCUCUGCAAUUCCUGCAUUAUCACAGAGAGAGAAACACUCAAGUUUAUCAUCCAUCAUCUUCAUAGCACCAAGCUUGAUUCACAGGUCCAUCAAUGGCAGCAACCGUAGCAGCAAUGGCCAUGACCAGCGCAAAAUGCUUCAAUUCACCGAAACUCCCUAACCCCACCAGGCUGGCCACUAAACCCACCCCUCUCCUGUCUUUUCAAAACCUCCCAAAGGGCCUAACCUCCGAUACCACCACCGUCCCCACAAACCCAUCACCUACCCUCGCAGGAACCGCCAUUGCCGGGGCAGUAUUCGCCGCCCUGAGCAGCUCCGACGCCGCUCUGGCAGCCCAACAGAUAGCUGAAAUAGCAGAUGGAGGGGAUAACAGAGGGGCAGCUCUGUUGCUACCCAUAAUCCCGGCCAUAGCUUGGGUUUUGUUCAACAUUCUGCAGCCAGCACUGAACCAGCUGAACCGGAUGAGAAGCUCCAAGGGAGUGAUCGCUGGGUUAGGGCUCGGUGGGUUGGUGGGGUCUGGGCUCUUGGGGUGGACCCCGGAGAGUUCGGCUGCUGAGGUGGCAUCCAUUGCUGAAGCUGCUAGUGACAACAGGGGUCAGCUUCUACUGUUUGUGGUGGCACCAGCGAUUCUGUGGGUUUUGUAUAACAUAUUGCAGCCUGCUCUGAACCAGCUCAACAGGAUGAGAUCUCAGUGAGUUUUUGGUUUGUGUUGAUGAUGAUGAUGGUGAUGGUGGUAGGGGAUUUUUGUGGAAUGUAUAAAUUAUACAGUUUCGUUUCUGUGACUUGUAUUGUAAGGUAACUCAAUGGUGAAUCAACUUUUCAAUGUGUCUUGUUUUUGUUUUGUUUCCUCAGUGCCAAGGAUUUAGCCUUUGCUUCUAAUAAUAUGCACUUUAGAGCCAACAAUAUGACUGGUCAACGGGA